AUGGAGGCUGAGAUUCGAGCCCUCAUUCCAAAUAUCGACCCCGUGAUAUCGGAGUACUCUGCAGGUUAUUUAACUCAUGCAUCCACUUCCUUGGCCGGAGACGAGGAGGCCAACGGACCAUCUCCUCUAGACGAAGCUGCUACUGCCAUCACUGAGCUGCUGGUCUCCGCCUCGGGCAAUGCUGGUGCCGCCACUCAUGAUAAGAUUCGGGCUUUGGUCGAGAAGUGGGUUGAGAAGUAUGCGGCUGCUAGUGAUAACCAGGAACGCAAGCGCCCUACUGUCAAGCGGCUGGACCAGGCCAUCCAAGUCAGCGCUCAAAGGAGCAUCUCAUCUACCCUGGCUGUCACGACUGGCAAUGUCGACUUGGAGUCGGCUAGCACCCGAAAGGUUGAAUCUAAGGUCGACAGAAAGAAGUUGGAGAAAGCUGAGCGCAAAAUUGCCGCAAAGCAGAGCAAGAAGGCCUUCAAGACGGUCGAAUAUGAGGCUUCUCGUCUGUUGAACCAGCCCGACUCGAAGCAGACAUACGAAGAGUUCUACAUGGCCGUCAAUCCUCUGCAGAUGGGUCCUGGCUCUGGCGGCAAGUCCAAGGAUAUCAAGAUCGAUAGGUUCGAUGUGUCAAUCGGAGGAAAGAGAAUACUCACAGACACUUCUUUGACUCUUUCUUAUGGGCACCGUUAUGGCCUUGUUGGCCACAACGGUGUCGGCAAGUCUACUUUCUUGCGGGCGUUGUCCAGGAGGGAAAUCCCCAUUCCCACUCAUAUUUCUAUUCUCUACGUUGAACAAGAGAUUAUGGGUGACGACACUCCUGCGCUACAAGCGGUCCUAGAUGCCGAUGUCUGGCGCAAGGUGCUUCUCAGGGAGCAAGGCGAAAUUACUCAAAAACUGGCAGACAUUGAAGCUCAGCGGACUUCUAUGGCUGAUACUUCAUCUGAUGCCGCCAAGCUGGACAAGGAGCGCGAGGCUCUGGAUCAACGCCUCGGCGACAUUCAAGCGAAGCUCGCCGAAAUGGAGUCAGACAAGGCUGAAUCCAGAGCUGCCAGUAUCCUGGCAGGUCUUGGUUUCUCGCCCGAAGCACAGCAGUAUCCCACCAAGAAUUUCUCUGGUGGUUGGAGAAUGCGUCUUGCGCUUGCGCGUGCGCUCUUCUGUGAGCCUGAUCUACUGCUUCUGGACGAGCCGUCCAACAUGUUGGACGUCCCCUCCAUCACCUUCCUUUCCACCUAUCUUCAAAGUUAUCCCAGCACCGUCCUGGUCGUAUCCCACGACAGGGCUUUCCUUAACGAAGUGGCUACUGAUAUCAUCCACCAACAUUCUGAGCGCCUCGACUACUACCGUGGCGCCAAUUUCGAUUCCUUCUAUGCGACGAGGGAAGAAAGAAAAAGGGCAGCGAAAAGGGAAUACGAGAACCAGAUGGCGCAGCGUGCUCACCUUCAGGCUUUCAUCGACAAGUUCCGCUACAAUGCGGCCAAGUCGCAGGAAGCUCAGUCGCGUAUCAAGAAGCUCGAGCGCAUGCCGGUGCUCGAGCCGCCAGAGCAGGAGUAUAGCGUCAAGUUCAAGUUCCCAGAGGUCGAAAAGCUGUCAAGCCCCAUCGUUCAGAUGUCGGACGUUACCUUUGGCUACACCAAGGAUAAGAUUCUGCUCAGGAAUGUCGAUCUGGAUGUCCAACUGGAUUCGCGUAUCGGAAUUGUCGGUCCCAAUGGUGCCGGCAAGACAACAGUGCUCAAGCUCCUCAUCGGCCAACUGCAGCCAACAAGCGGUAUCAUCAGCCAGAACCCUCGGCUGCGGAUUGGUUACUUCGCACAGCAUCACGUCGACUCGCUCGACCUCAGCAUGAGCGCCGUCAGCUUCAUGGCCAAGCACUACCCGGGCAAGACGGAUGAGGAGUACCGCCGACAGCUGGGUGCGUUCGGCAUCACUGGCACAACAGGCCUGCAAAAGAUGGCUCUGCUCUCAGGUGGUCAGAAGUCGCGUGUAGCUUUCGCCUGCCUGGCUCUACAGAACCCACACAUUCUCGUCAUGGACGAGCCCUCCAACCACCUCGAUAUCGAGGCUAUGGACGCGCUUGCUGAGGCGCUCAAGGAGUUCCAGGGUGGUGUGCUCAUCGUGUCUCACGACGUAACCCUUCUUCAGACAGUGUGUACUUCACUGUGGGUUUGUGAGAACGGCACGGUCGAGAAGUUCCCCGGAGAUGUGCAGGCGUACAAGAAGAGGAUUCAGGCUCAGGCCGAUGCUGUUGGUGUUGUCAAGAAGCAUUAA